GGCUGACACUGAGAGAGGGAGAUGUGAAGCCCACAAUACCACCACCCCUGCUGGCUUUUUACCUCUGCUCGGAUAACUAACGCCGUUUACCUCCUGGACAGGAGGACGCUCACAUUUCCAGGCUCUGCCGAUCUCAAGCCCAUGGUCCUGCCGAGCUCGCUACACGCUUCUGUGACGGUCCAUGGGGCUAGCUGUCAUCCUGCAUUGCCCUCAGCGCUCUCACCACACUUGUCCUUGACAUCCAAAUGCUGCGUGUCAAUUGUCAUGCCACCCGGCCUCUAUGAGUUAUGACGGCGGCUGCUUCUUUGACUCAGGAAAGAGACUCCACCUUUGCUCACCAGUGAGCAAAUCACAUGAUGUGAUGAAGACGGGUCCUGAAAUUCAGCUCUUCAAGGAAUCUGCCAACAGGAUAUGAGUAUUUUGAGCCCUGUGACAGAUAACAAAUCAAACCUUGUGGGAAUUGUGGGAGGCCCAGAAGAAUACGCCAGAGCUAUGCAGUCAGAGGAGCUCUUCAGCAGGAAACUCAAAGCCUUGAACGGAAGCAUGGGACCGCCGGCCUCCAGCAUGCAGGUGAAGCCUGAUGGUUUGGGGAAAACAAACGGUGCCCCGGCCGUGCCUAAAAUGGGGGUCAGGGCCAGGGUGACAGAAUGGCCACCGAGGAAAGAUGGAUGGGAUGGACGGCCCUGCCCGAACUACCAGAGUGUGAUACCAGUUUUCCAGAAUGGACAGCAGGAGCACACCGUGGACAUACUAGAGCAGGGCGAGCCGGUCUGUGUGGAGGUGGACUACACUGACAAAUACAGCCUGAAUGACCUUCUCUGCCACUCUCCGCUCAAGGGUCUCCAUCCCAUCCGUCAACGAAGCAAUAGUGAUGUCACCAUAAGUGACAUUGACUCCGAGGACAUAAUGGACCAGAACGCUGUUAACCCAAACACUGGAGCUUCGCUGCACCGUGAGUACGGCAGCACGUCCUCCAUUGACCGGCAGGGCCUCGGGGGGGAUGGCUUCUUCACAAUGCUUCGGGGCUACAGAGUGGAUAACCUGGACCAUCGCAGCAUACCUCCUCUGGGUUUCCAAGAGUUGCUGCGCUGUGACGCCUCGCUGUCCCCAAGCUUACAGACUGCAGCACAAAUUGCCAGGGGUGAAAUAGUCCACAUUCCAGGCUACGAUUACGUGGACAGUUCCUUCCUCUACAGCAGAGAACGGGAGAAGUCCUUCAUGAGACGUCUCAAGUCAGAGUCAACAGAACCUUCUCUGUUCAGAAAACUGCGGACCAUAAAGAGCGAGAGCGAUGCCUUGAGACUCUCUCUCGAGGACGACCGGCGACCUCUGAGCUUCCAAAAAUGCUUUGCCCACUACGAUGUCCAGAGUGUGCUUUUUAACAUCAGCGAAGCCGUCGCCAGCAGAGCUAACCUGAGCCAGAGGAAGAACACAACCACUGGAGCUUCAGCUGCAUCAGCUGGAGCAGGAGCCGAAGCCAGUGGUGUGUCAGGAGGUGGAGCUGUGGCCGGAGCCGGAGCCGGAGCUGGAGCGGACGCCGGAGCAGCAGGAUGUAGCAGUGUCAAUCCCCCCAUGUUUGAGUCUCCACUUGGCAGCAGGGAGGAUUUGAACCCCAAAGAGAACUUGGAUGUAGAUGAAGGGGAUGGAAAGAGUAACGGCUUAGUGUUGAGCUGUCCGCACUUUCGCAAUGAAAUCGGUGGGGAAGGAGAGAGGAAGAUCUCCCUCUCCAGAAUCAACAGUGCCAACUACAGUGGUAUAUCGGAGAGCUGCUCUUUUGAAUCAUCGCUAAGCUCCCACUGUACCAACGCAGGGGUGUCGGUGUUAGAGGUGCCUCGAGAGAACCAGCCAAUCCACAGGGAGAAGGUCAAACGCUACAUCAUUGAGCACAUUGAUCUUGGAGCAUACUAUUUCCGGAAAUACUUCUAUGGGAGAGAGCAUCAAAGCUAUUUUGGUGUAGAUGACCAUCUGGGACCUGUGGCAGUGAGCGUCCGAAGGGAGAAGCUGGAUGAUGGGAAAGAGAAGGAAGGAAUGCAGUACAACUAUCGUGUCACCUUCAGAACCAGUCAGCUUAUCACCCUGCGAGGAGCCAUCCUGGAGGAUGCCAUUCCAUCCACGGCAAGGCAUGGAACGGCCCGAGGGCUCCCACUUAAGGAAGUGCUGGAAUACGUCAUCCCUGAGCUGAACAUCCCGUGUCUGAGGAUGGCCCUGAACAGUCCGAAAGUCCCGGAGCAACUCCUCAAACUCGACGAGCAAGGGCUCAGCUUCCAGCACAAGGUGGGGGUGCUUUACUGCAAGGCGGGUCAGAGCACCGAGGAGGAGAUGUACAACAACGAGAGCGCUGGGCCGGCGCUGGAGGAGUUCCUGGAUCUGCUUGGUCAGAGGGUGCGCCUCAAAGGCUUCACAAAGUACAGAGCUCAGCUGGAUAACAAGACCGACUCCACCGGCACACACUCCCUGUACACGACCUACAAGGACUACGAGCUGAUGUUUCACGUGUCCACCAUGCUUCCCUACACGCCCAACAACCGCCAGCAGUUAUUAAGGAAGAGGCACAUUGGCAAUGACAUCGUCACCAUAGUAUUCCAGGAGCCGGGGGCCCUCCCUUUCACUCCGAAAAACAUCCGCUCUCAUUUCCAGCACGUGUUUGUCAUCGUCAAAGUCCACAACCCCUGCACUGAUAACGUGUGCUACAGCGUUGCUGUAUCCAGAUCUAAGAAUGUUCCUCCCUUCGGCCCCCCUAUCCCCAAGUCUGUAACUUUCCCAAAGUCAGCAGUUUUCAGGGACUUCCUGCUCGCCAAGGUCAUCAAUGGCGAGAACGCUGCUCACAAGUCUGAGAAGUUCAGGGCCAUGGCGACUCGCACGAGGCAGGAAUACCUGAAGGACCUAGCGGAAAACUUUGUCAGCACGGCGACUAUAGACUCAGCUGUCAAAUUCAGCUUCAUCAAUCUUGGGGCCAAGAAGAAGGAGAAGGUGAAACCCAGGAAGGAUGCGCACCUGUUGAGUGUGGGGGCCAUCACUUGGAGCGUCUGCACGCGGGACUUCGGUCAGUCGAAGGACGUGGACUGCUUGCUCGGCAUAUCUAAUGAGUUCAUUGUGCUCAUUGAAGAGGACUCAAAAAAUGUGGUGUUCAACUGCUCGUGUCGCGACGUGAUCGGAUGGACCUCAGGGAUUAUGAGCAUUAAGAUCUUCUACGAGCGUGGGGAGUGUAUCAUGCUGUCGGCGCACGACAACUGCGGCGAAGACAUCCGGGAGAUGGUGCAAAGACUAGAGAUUGUCACCAGAGGUUGCGAGACAUCAGAAAUGACUUUACGCCGGAACAGCCUGGGCCAGCUCGGUUUCCACGUCAAUUUUGAGGGCAUCGUGGCAGAUGUGGAGCCCUUUGGCUUCGCCUGGAAGGCAGGACUGAGGCAGGGCAGCCGACUGGUGGAGAUCUGCAAGGUGGCCGUUGCCACCCUAACUCACGAGCAGAUGAUUGACCUUCUGCGCACAUCUGUCACUGUCAAAGUGGUUAUAAUCCAGCCUCAUGAAGACGGCACUCCUCGGAGAGAGGAUCUGGAGAAGGUAGAACACGCCUUUAUUCGCUCAAGGGGCUGCUCCGAGCUUUACCGGAUACCAAUGGUGGAGUACAAGGUGGACAGCGAGGGAACGCCCUGCGAGUACAAGACACCUUUCAGGAGAAACACCACCUGGCACCGCGUUCCCUCUGCUGCUGGACAGGCUCUGUCCCGAGGCUCGCCCACUCAGGGCCCCGACCGUCUGCAGUGCCAGCAGAUCCUCCAGCAGCAUCAAGCAGCUAUUCCACGUAGCACCUCCUUUGAUAGGAAACUACCAGAUGGCUGCAGAACAAUGCAGGACAUGGAGAAUCCCCAGCUCACCUCGUGUAAUAAGGGAGACCAGCACUACCGCAGCUCCCCUAGCAACCAGUCCUCCUCCAGUGAUCCAGGGCCGUGUGGCAGUGGCAACUGGUCCCAGCAGCCUGUAUAUGACGGGUGUCCAUCCCCUAUCCUCCACGAGCGGGCAGGGGACAUCCAGGGAGGGGAUGGAGAGAUCCGCAGGGAGAGAGAGCCCACUCUGGAGAGGACCAGAUCUGCAGAGGCCAAAUGGCACAUCCCCUCCACCAAGAUCCUGAACCCUCUGAAGCAAAGGGAAGGAGGAAAAGACUCCCCAAACAAGCUGUCCAGGACGGGGGAUAAAAACUCAAGUCACUCAAGUAGCAACACUCUUUCAAGCAACGCCUCCAGCAACAGUGAUGAUAAGCACUUUGGCUCCGGGGACCUGAUGGACCCGGAGAUGCUGGGCCUCACUUACAUCAAGGGGGCGUCCACGGACAGCGGCAUAGACACUAAUCCCUGCAUCCCCCCUGGGGCCCGGGUGCUGCUGCAGGGCAGGGUGGGGGAAGCGGGACACCCCUGGGCGGCGGAGCACCACGAGGACGGAGCGUCGGAGGAGGAUAAUGGGAAGCUGUACCUGCAGCAGGGCUUUGCUUCAGCUAUCAUGUCUAGUCAUGUGACGGAGGGCAGCAUCGGAGACCUGAGCGAGAUCUCAUCCCACUCAAGUGGCUCACACCACUCUGGGAGUCCCCUGGCCCGCGGUGCCAGAUACUGUGUGUCUGCUGACUCCUCCAAGGUGUACACCAUCCCCCAGACCAGCAGCUCAGGUCCAGAGCCGGGCCCAGGACCCAGCUCAGAGGCCUGUGGACAGACACGCACACAGUCCAGUUGCAAACACCCACUGGGCAUGAAGAUGGCUGGUGAUGAUGAUGGUGAUGAGGAUGAUGAUGCCCACAGCACUGAGGGACCUCCCAACAUUUCAGAGUGUGGAGGAGCAGAGAGCUUGUUAGCUUUCCUUCUCAAAAUGCUGUCUGAGCGUUCCAGGCAGCUGUACGCACAAGAGGCAGCCUGCCGGCUUCAGGCUGCUGAACUAGACGGCAAAUCACUGCAGCGAAUUUCGAAAGAGGAAUACUUUAAGAUGAUGCUGCCCGACAGCCCACCUGGAGAAGACAGGAGUCGGAAGGUGUCAGCAGUGGGCACCCUGUCACCGAGGCGGUCCAUAUACAGGACAUUGUCAGACGAGAGCGUGUGCAGCAACCGCAAGGCUUCGUCGCAUGCCAGCUCGCGCAGCUCCAUGCUGGACCAAGCCAUGCCCAACGACAUCCUGUUCAGCACGACGCCACCUUACCACAGCACCCUGCCUCCUCGCAUGAUCCACAACCAGGGAGGAUCCAACCUGCGGAGUGAGUUUUGGUUCUCUGACGGUUCCUUGGCGGACAGGUCCAAGUUCAACGACCCGGGCCUCAUGCCCCUCCCAGACACUGCCUCUGGCCUGGACUGGUCUCACCUGGUUGACGCAGCACGGGCCUUCGAAGACCAGCGCGUGGCUUCUUUCUGCACGAUGACGGACAUGCAGCGGGCCGAGGCGCUGCAGAUCUCCAGAGAGCUGACCAGGCGGGUCGUGGAGGCGGAGGGAGCAGCACUGGAGGCAGACAGCGCUCCAUCCACGCUGACCGGCAAAGUCAACCAGCUGGAGGUCAUCCUCAGGCAGCUGCAGCACGACCUCAGAAAGGAGAAAGAGGAUAAGGCCAUGCUACAGGAGGAGGUGCAACACCUGAGACAGGACAACAUGCGACUGCAGGAGGAGAGCCAGACAGCAGCAGCUCAGCUCAGGAAGUUCACAGAGUGGUUCUUUCACUCCAUUGACAAGAAACCCUGAUGGGGAUACUUAAAUGCACCAGGAGGCGGGGUACACCCCAUCUGGGCCCCUGAUUCAAUUCCUAUUUAAGACUCCCAGAUGAUUGACGACUAAAUAAAGAACAGGGCAAUUACUAGCCUCUAGAGUGAACGAGACACUUUGAAAAGUCCAAUUCUUACGAGACUGCUGCUGCCCUGUGAGGAAAAACACUUGAAAUCCUGAUCUGGACCUACAUGUGGGAUCCCUUCUGUCUGCAGUGCAGGGCUGCUCGACGUUAGCAGUCUCUCCAUCCUGGCAAACGAGGCUCAAGGGAAGCCCCGCCUCCAGCACUGGAGGGAGGAAUUGAGAAAGGCAUCCCCCAGGGGCCCCUCCUGAGUUCCCGGGAUCUUUUUACAGUAGUGGAAUGUAAAGCUCAUUUACUGUAGUCAACAUUUAAUCUACCUACGUAAGUCACGUCAGUCUACUGUACUGUAUACUCAGCUGUACUGUAUCAUACUGCACACACUGGCACACAGCUGUUUCUGUGCCGACCUUCACAGACACGAGAAAACGGAGAGAAUGACAGGGAGAGAGGGAGGGAGGGAGGAAUGUACUGGACAUAAUGAAGACGUACUUACUGUCUGCUUGCACCAGGAGGAAACGUGGGGGGUCUUGAAACCUACGGUUGGGGUGGGAACGAAUGUAGCUGAGACCCUUUUUUCCUCUCUGGAAUCCUGGUUCCCAAAGUCACAAAGGUUUUGAGGUUUGAUGUUCAGAGAUUUUGUUUUAAAAUCAGUUCCAGCCUUUUCUUUUCCUCCGUGUUGUAACGUAGGGGUCACAUGGCAGUAAUUUUGAUGUUUUAAGGUGCUUUUUCCCCCUACACACAUUCGUCAGUAGUUUCCAUUCACUGUCACAAUGUCUUAGCAAUAACAAAGUGGUAGUUACAAAACUGUGUUUUAAAAGACAAAAAAACCCAACAAAAAUAUAGAAGUUAGCACAAAAGUGAGUUUUCUUUUUGAGAAUCAGUUGUAUUUGACAUGUAUUUUUAAAGCUGGAGGAGACUGUGCCUAAAAUUGGUUGUAAAUGGAUUGUUUCUUGUUUUUAGUUCUCUUUUUAUAAACACAUGCCUUGUCUGUGGCUCACUGAUAUAAAGUCAUGUGUGAGUGUGCGUACUGUGUGCGUGCGUGCGUGUGUGCAGUUUAACACAGCAAAAUGUGUUCUUAUGCAGUGGUUUCUAGAGCAUUAGAGCAAGCGCCAGUGAACCACAAUUACAAUGCCAAAUGUGUUUAUUUCUGUACAUAACUGCCACAGAAGUGUCUUGUAUUUAACUCUAUUAUUUAAGCUUAUUUAACCUAAAGUUGUUUAUUUUAUUAAGGGUAUUUGUUUUUCUGCACUAAGGAGAGAUAAAGCUCUGUGUAUGUUGUAAAAUGGAUAGGUUGCCAGGGCAAAACAUUAAAAAACAAACAAACAAAACUAUAUAUUUAAAUAUAUAAAUGAAGAUUUUGGAGAUUCCAACAUUUGGAUGCUGCUAGAUUAACAGUUUGCUGGUUUGUAUGCUUUUAAAAAUGUCUCUCUCCCUGUUAACUGUCUCAUCCCUGGUGGGACCUUGGUCGGUUUUUGUUGUUGUUGUUGUUUUUUUUUUCCCUUUUUUUUUUUUAAAUAAAUGUAGUUG